UGCAUUCAGGGAUAGACAUCAGUCAACUGUUGAUUCGGUUUUCUUUGAGACUCCGAGUCCGUCUACAGCACCGAGCCGAUCCGUCUAUAAGAGCUGCCUGUUCCCCUUCAGCACCUCUUCCCCAGCUCAUCCAUCCCAUCCCAUCCUAUCUCAUCACAUCCCGUCACAUUCCAUCACACCAUGACAGCACACACUGCCCCUGCCACCUCGGCCACCUCGGCCACUCGUACUCUAGCCACCUGGCUGGAGGACCUCUCGCCGGCCACUAUUCCCGAGGAGAUCCGCACGCGGGCCAAAUACCUCAUGCUGGAUGGUUUGGGCUGUGCCCUGCUGGGCUCCCGCCUGCCAUGGUCCGUCAAGGCCCACGACACCAUCACGGCCAUCGAAGGCACCGGCAAAUGCACUGUAAUCGGAUGGAACGAGACCCUCCCCCCCAACGCCGCCGCCCUCCUCAACAGCACCUUCCUCCAAGGCUUCGACCUGGACGACGUGCACAUCGAAGCCCCCAUCCACGCCAGCUCCGUGAUCCUGCCUGCCGUCCUCGCCGCCGCCCAACAAGAGCACCCGACCCAGCGCAUCACCGGCCCGGACUUCCUAACCGCCAUGGUAGCCGGCUACGAAGUCGGGCCUCGCGUAGGCUACGCCCUGGGGGGAUCCCACAUGCUCACCAUCGGCUGGCACUCGGGCGCUAUCUUCGGCCCCGCGGCCUCCGCCGCCGCCGUGUCCAAACUCCUCGGACUACCGGCGGACCAAAUCGAAGAUGCCCUCGGCAUGGCCUGCACUCAGGCUUGCGGGCUCAUGUCCGCUCAGUUCGAGAGCAUGGUGAAACGCAUGCAGCAUGGAUUUGCGGCGCGGAGCGGCGUGCUUGCUUCCUAUCUCGCUCGACAGGGCUUCAUGGGAAUCAAGGAGAUCUUUGAUCGUUCGUACGGUGGAUUCCUGCAGAUGUUUACGUUGGGGGCGGAGAAAGAACCGAGGUAUUUCCCCGAGGAGGUGUGUAAGAAUCUCGGGGAGACGUGGCAGAUGGAGAAGAUUCGACAGAAGCCGUAUGCGUUGAUGGCGGGGACGCACUGCACGGUGGAUUGCAUUCGCGAGUUGCAGCGGUUGUAUCCGGAGAGAAUGGCGAAGUGGGAUACUAUGGUGAGGAUCGAGGCGGAAAUGGCCCGCGCGGCGAUGAAGAAGGGCGGAUGGGCGCCGCAGAAGCCGGCGACGGUCACGGCGGCACAGAUGUGUGUGCCGUAUGCGGUGGCAUUGCAGGUGGUCGAUGGGGAGAUUGUUCCUGGGCAGUUUGCGCCGGGGAAGUUGAAUCGGGAGGAGUUGUGGGAGGUGAUUGGCAAGGUGGAGUGUCGCGAGGUGGAUGAGUUUGAUUAUUCGUGGGCGCAGCGCGUGAGGAUUACGUUUGAGGAUGGAGAGGUGGUGGAGACGAUGCUCAAGGCGCCCAGGGGGGUGAAUCCGGAGUUGUCGAAUGAGGAGGUGGUGGAGAAGUGGAGGGCUGUGACGAGGGGGGUUAUUGGUGAGGAGAGACAGCGCGAGAUUGAAGCUGUGGUGUUGAAUAUGGAGGAGGUGGACGAUGUGGUGGGCAGAUUGGGCGAGUUGUUGGGGCCUGAGACGGUGAAUGUGCUACAGUGAUGGAUGCAGUGAUGCAGUGAGAGAGAGAGAGAGCUUAGGGUUUGUGGAGUGAGGGAUAUUGGGACCUAAUUGCUAAUUGCUAAUUGCUGCAUUUCGGGGUUGAGUUAGGGCCCGAGGCUGAUGUCACCCUACAUACGGAGGACAUCAUCUAUUUAGCCGCCCUGAUGAUGGUUAUUCGGCCUAAUAAUAAUACGAGUCCCAGUGAUAAUAACAAG